GUAUUAUUCUUGCUUUCUGUUAUUCAACACUAUCGUUGUUAAACAUUUAUUAUUGAUAACUACAGACAUGGAUAAACAUAUUAUCAUGUUAGCUUUAUGUCUAAUGGUUUAUAUUAUUGGAAAUAUAGAUGCAGUAGAGAACGAUAAAGGUGAUAAUAAUGCAUCAAGCUCGAAGCAACGUAACGAUAAUGAAAUAGUCCAAGAUAAAAAUAAAAGAUGU